ACACACACGCACACGCACGCACAAGCUGACGGGUACCGGAGUGAUUUAUAUCAACGCCUACCUUUAGCUUGAGCUUGCGGAAGAGCCGUUACCUGGUUACAGGAGCGGAGUGAUGGAGCAUUGAGUAAUGUAAUGUUCAGGACUCCACAGAUAUGAGUUUCUCUCUCGCUCGCCGAGUCAAGCCACCACGCGCUUUUCCUGCGGCAUCUCCGGAGCGCGCAACCAACAGCUUGUCCAGGAAAAACUAUCUAACCUGUAAAUUAAGUUGAAAAAUAUCUCCACGAAGAGUCUUCAGUUUGUCAUAUAACCAAUUGUAAGGACCAAGUUGGCCGACAAAUCUUGUUUUAAGGACAAUGGCCCCCAGCUGAAGGCAGUGACGGCAAGAGAGUGAGAUGGAGCUGACCUCAACAGACGCCUCUGCUGCGCUGGGCUUAUGGGGCAACCUCUCCAUUCCUGGUUUCCUCUUUAACGAGAGCGUUCUCAAUGACACCUGUUUCCUCAAUUCUUCAAACUGCACCAAUGAGACAGAUCCGGAGAACCGAGCAGUAACAAGCAUGGCAGGAAUCCUCAUCCCUCUCAUUUACAUAAUCGUCUGUGUCGUCGGUCUGGGAGGAAACUCUCUGGUCAUUCACAUCGUCCUGCAUUACUCCAAGACAGAGUCAGUGACCAACAUCUACAUCCUGAAUCUAGCUAUAGCUGAUGAGCUCUUCAUGCUGGGCCUUCCAUUCCUCGCCGUGCAGAAUGCCAUGCACUCGUGGCCCUUUGGCUCAUUCACGUGCAGAUUGGUCAUGACCGUCGACGGCAUUAACCAGUUUACCAGCAUUUUCUGCCUUACUGUAAUGAGCAUCGAUCGUUACCUGGCCGUGGUUCAUCCUAUUCGGUCCUCUAAAUGGAGGCGACCACAGGUGGCCAAGGCUGUGAAUGGAACAAUCUGGGCUGUCUCCUUUUUGGUGGUCUUGCCUGUGGUGAUUUUUGCAAACGUGCAACGGGAAGGAGGAAUCUGCAAUAUCAUAUGGCCGGAGCCAGCCAACAUCUGGGGAGCAGCAUUUAUCAUUUACACCUCCACAGUAGGCUUUUUCUUUCCCUUGCUAGUCAUCUGCAUGUGCUAUCUCCUCAUUGUGAUCAAGAUCCGCAGCUCUGGAAAGAAGGUUCAUGCCACGUCAACCAAGCGCCGCAAGUCGGAGCGAAAGGUCACACGAAUGGUGGUGAUAGUGGUGGCUGUGUUUGUUUUUUGCUGGAUGCCUUUUUACGCCCUCAACAUCAUAAACCUGGUGGAAUCUCUCCGUGACGAGCCGCAGGGACUGCAUCUAUUCGUAGUGGUACUUUCUUAUGCUAACAGCUGCGCUAACCCUAUAGUUUAUGGCUUCCUUUCGGACAACUUCAAGCGGGGUUUCCGGAAGGCCCUAUGCCGCUCAUCUCGAAGGGUCGAGAACCACGAGCCCACCGAACAGCAGCAGCAUCAGGAAGAACGAAGAAGAGCGCUGAUGCCCAGGGAAAGCCUUAGAAGAGCAGUGAGAAAUGAAGAGGAUGAGGAAGAAGAAGAGGACAGGGAGGAAGUGACGGAGAUGACGGAAAUUUGCAGGAUUACUCAGAAUGGAAACGGAAGCGGACAACCUGAAAGUACCCGAGCCCUAUUCUUAGAGCGACCCUCGGGUACAGGGGUUUCUGAGACGUGUUCGCCAGACAGGAGAGGCACGGGUGGGGAUGCUGUUGGUAAAGGACCGGGAUUUGGGCUUGCUGCAACCUUGCUGAAUGGGGCCAAAAAUGGGAAUGUGAAAACACUGCCAGAGGAACCGGUGGAAAAGAACGCCUCUCUGGAGAUCAGCUACUUGUAAACUUGUGAUUGGUGUCAGCUGGAAAAAUAGUAUUAUUGUACCUGCCUCCCUGAGAUCUGUUCAGUUUGUAGUUACUUUCUUUCCUGGAGUCUAUCAAUUUGUCUUAAUGUCUGAGUUUACUAUGAAGUUUCCUUCUAGUAAUUAGACUUAAAGAUAUGGAAGUGCACAACUUUGAAACAGAACAUAAAAAAAAAAUCACAAUGGGUUUUACAAUGGGUUUUCACACCAUUCCAUGGUAUCAUAACCUAUAUGAGACCAGCACCACAAUAUGUG